AUACAACGCAUAGCUACAUUAGUGACCACAGCUGGGUUCAAACCAGCGACCUUUGGUUUAUUGAUCAUUGAGCCGUAUGCUCCAUAUCCAACAAAUGGUAUUGUACAUGUAAAUAUGACGAGGAGAGCACGUGUACAAACAACACAUCGAGAAUUUUGAUUAUUAGAAAUAAUAGUACAGAUGGCAGAUUCUAUGAUAACUGAAUCAGCUCAGAGUGACACUGCCGAGCUCCUGUCUGAAAACUUAAGGGCAGCAACUCCCUUAGAUAGUAUGAAUGACAAGGAACAGCAACCACUAGAAAGUUCAGAGAAAAGUUCAAAACCUAAAGAUAUAAAUUCAGCAGAUAAAAGUGAGCUCAUGGAAUCAAGAUAUGCAACUCCCAAGAAAAGUCGAAGUUACAGAAAAACAAAUGUUAAAAAAAAUUCAGAAUCAGAUGAUGAAGGAAUGGAGCAGCAUAACAAAGGUUCUAGCAAAAAGGGAAAAUCCCCAAAUGAUUGGAAGACCAGGACAGAUGGAUCAAAUGAGACUCCAAAAAAACGACUAACGGAAGAUCCAAAUGUCACACCAAGGAAACGUCCAAAAAAUGGAUCAAAGGAAAGUUCAGAAGAAAAAUCAGGGGGACAUUCAAAAGACAGAAAGUCAAGAUCAAGAUCAAGAGACAGAUCAAGAGAAGAUGCAAAAGACACACCAAGGAAACAGCAUAGAAACAGAUCAAAGGAAAGUUCAAAAGAAAAAUCAGAGGAAAAUUCAAAAAACAGAUCAAGGAGAAAGUCAAGAUCAAGAUCAAGAGACAGAUCAAGAGAAGAUUCAAGUGACACACCAUCGAAACAUAAGAGAAACAGAUCAAAGGAAAGUUCAAAAGAAAGAUCAGGGAAGCAUUCAGAUGAAAAAUCAGGAACCCAUUCCAGAGAAAGAAGAGUAAGGUCAAGAGACAAACAUCGCUCUGAGAGUAAAAGUCCAGGGAAAAAGAAAGUAAUCGAAUCUCAUGGAAACAAUAGCUCAGAAAGUACAGCAGUUAAGAAGACAUCACAAACACAAAAAAAUAAAAACAAUAUAACAAAAUUUUUUAAAAGAGUAACUCCACAAAAGAAAGAUGAUGAAAAGAAAACAAGAAUUUCUCCUAUUCUCUUUGAUGAGCCGAAUGAUGCAGAAUAUUCAGAUUCUUUGAGAAAGGAGGAUAGUUUAAAACUUCUGAAGCAAGACUAUAAGUUGGAUAAAAGGGAAAACUUCCAUUUCUUUUUUGGUAAAGAUGAUCCCUUCAGCAACUUCCAUCCUGCUCGAUUUACAGUGAAUGGGGAGACAUACACAUGCAGCGAACAAUUCAUGAUGCAUCAAAAAGCAAUGUUGUUUCAGGAUUGGUUCCAUGCUGCAGAGAUAAUGAAGGCAAAAGUUCCACUGCAAAUGAAGAGAUUGGGGAGGAAAGUCCAGAAUUUUGAUCCUCAUGUUUGGGGUGCAGAAUGUGACAAAAUUAUGAAGAGAGGACUCAAAGCUAAGUUUACAGAAAACGAACACUUGAAGAUGAAGUUGAUCACAACGUUUCCUCGCAUCUUGGUUGAAGCUUCACCCAGAGAUCGACUGUGGGGUAUUGGACUGGGGGGCAAAAACGAGAAAGCUCACUGUCGCCUUACCUGGCGAGGGAAAAACAAAUUGGGUUAUCUUCUAACAUACAUUCGUAACGAGAUCAUGGAAGAGGAGGGGUUAUUUCAUUGACUUGUUAAAAGAGUUGUGUAAUAAUGGUGUACUAAUUUUGUGCUUUUUUUCUAGAUGUUGUUUUUUUUUUGUACUCGAAAAGUAAUUGAUAUUUAUAUAACAUUUACUUAGCAUAUCCUGCUCAUUGAUACUUUUGUAUCAUAGCUAUUGCAUUGUUAAUAGUGCUAUCAUCCAUAAAACAGUGGUACAUAAAUUGUAGUAACAAACAUGUUAUAGAAGUCCACAAUGAUUGUGUGAAUCUUUGACAGGGUCAAUUCAAAUGAUUCCACAAAUAUGUCCAAAAAAACAUUAUAUAUAUAGGUCGACGCUUAAAGGGACUUGGACACGAUUUGAGAUCAAAAAUUUUAUUUUUAUUUUUUUAUGUAUAAAAUGGUUUAUUGGUGCAUUUAAAAUAAUUGACCAAAAUAUUAAAUGUUAAAGUCAAGUUACAAGCGAGAUACAGAGGUAAGAAUUGAUAGUUAUGUAAACAAAGCUCGAGUCUUAUAGUUGUUUACAAAAUAUGUAACGUAAAGAAUUAACAUUUCAUAGACAAAAUGACAUAUAAAAAACUAUUUAAACCAAAUCAAUAUCUUCUAAAAUAUCAACAGAAGAAAGUUACAUUUGAUUGAAAUUUACACCAAAACAACGAAUAUGUAAAAAUGACAAUAUUCAAACUUUGUUUACAAAACAAAGAAUUAUAAAGUCUGUAUCUUGCUUAUAACUUGAUACUUGAGUUUCAAAUUUUGACAUAGCAUUAUAAACUUCUAUAUUUAUCAGUAUAAACAUUGAAAAUGGAAAAAUAAAAUUUUAAGUCAAAUCGUGUCCAAGUCCCUUUAAUAUAGGUCGAAGACCAGGCUUCAGGGGGAAGUAUCAACCUAAUAGAUAUUCCCGAAAUUACGGUAGUCAGUGUUUUAAUGACAGGUGUUGGAAUUUAUAUAAACAUUUCAACUCUCUACAAAAUUAUCAAAUGCUGCUUAUAUUUUUGUAUCAUAAAUUAACUUGUACCAUGAAUAAGAUGAAUUUGAAUAAAUAUAUCAUUCAUAUUA